AGCGUUUUAUGCACUGCUUCUGGGAAUCCCUGCGACUCGCCUAGAUUAUUGAUUUUUCCCAAGAUGCCUGCCACUUAUCACCUGUACUGUGGACGUCAGCUCUUCAUCUCUCCCACCUUCCAUUUGCACGUGCACUGAGCUGGCAGUCCCUGCUGAUCAGUGCAGUUCGCCGUUGAAAUCAGUAUCUCCUUCCAUCUGUUACAGUUCUUCUAUCAUGUCCCUUAUCUUGGCAUCCUCCUCCACCCAGGAUCGUAAAGGAUCCGAUGUUCUGGACUGUAUGAAACAGGCGUUGGCCAGCGGUGAUCUGAGUGAUGUACAGUUCGCUGUGGGACGAUAUUAUGGAUAUGUCAAGAUCUUUUACGCGCAUAAGACCAUCUUGGCUAUGCGUAACGAAGUAUUCCGUCGGAUGUUCUUCGGAAGUCUACCGGAAAAAUGCAAGGAUGCCAUCGAUAUUCCGGAUAUUCUACCGGAAGCUUUCAACAACAUGCUCAAUCUAGUGUAUACUGGCGCUGUGGAGGAUCUCUCAGAUGACAACGUCUUUCCCACCAUUAACUGCGCGGAUAAAUACGAUUUCCCGUUAUUGACGGAGAUGUGCUCGGAAUUCAUUAUGAGCCAGCUGAAUGCCGAUAACUUUCUCAUGAAUCUGGAGGAUGCGAUUCACUGGGGCGCGAAGGGCAUCGCGGAGAAAUGCCUGGAGCUGCUGGAUGUGUCCAGUGACGACUGUGAGACCAUCUUCCGCUCCGAGCGGUUCGCCAGCGUCGGCCAGAUGACGCUGCGCAAGAUCCUGCAGCGGGAUACGUUGUCAGUGGACGAGAAUCUCGUCUAUUCUGCCGCAGAAAGAUGGGCUGUCGAGUCCUGCAAGCGGAACAAUGUACCUGCAUCUCCGGUUAACCGGCGCCGGAUGCUCGGCGCCGCGUUAUUCCUCAUACGAUUUCCCUUACUCAGCGAGGCUGAAUUGGCGGAUGGCCCUGUGAAGAGCGGAUUACUGCUGUCGACGGAACUGCACGAAAUCCUCAUGCACAAACACGGCACCGCCCAGCCCUGCCUCCCCUUCUCCUCCGAACCCCGCCAACCGCGGGCCUUCCGCAUCGGGCAAGUGGAGUUCAAGCGCAACGAAGAGGUCUUCGCCGUCCUGGUCCGCGGCAGCAGCUUCUGGUUCCCGGCGCAAGUCAUCGGGCGCAACCAAUCACAGGUGCUCGUCUCCAUGUGCGUGUCGCCGCGGCAGCGCGAACGCGUGGCCAUGAGCCUGGAAAAGGUUAUCCCGGCGGCGGACGUGUUGACGCGGGGGCGCAGCAUCGUCACCGACUACGGGAUUAAGGCCGUGUACAUGGCCCCGCGGGACAACCUGCACAUCCUCAGUGAUGAGGGCCAUGAAUGGGCCGUGCCCUUUAAGGAUAUCCGUCUGUUCACCGAUGACGUGCAGGCCUGGAAGGAGGCCAAGAAGCGCAUUGCGGGGCAGAGACCGAGUGUCCGCCGGGCUAAUCCAUGAAUCAGAAUGCUCGCUCGCUGUUUGAUGAAGGUGUGGCGGACAAAGAUUUAAUCCUCAUUCCUCCGUGCAGAUCUCGCUUUACAUUAUGGAUAUCGAUUACCACGUGGCUUUGCUUCAGUUCGGCGAUCUCUCCCCAGAGUAUACUGAUGUCUUUGCACAAAAAUUUGCUUUCGCUUAAUAGAGCUACCAUUAAUGGAGUUUUGGCAAAGGAAAAUGUAAUUGCAGGUGCAAUUGUCCAUAUCGGCAAUUUCCGGUGGUUUCUGCGUUGUUUUUUUGCGUUUUUUGUCUGGCAUACCUGUAUGUGUAACGGUCAUAAUAAUCGCUUUCAGUUUUUGCGCUCUUGUUAUUUAUUAGAGUUUUUGAUUGUUUGAUGAGACUGCAACUCUAGUUUGUAAAUGAACCAAGCAUCAGUUAUUUUAAACAACGUUGAAUUAUUAAUGGUGGCAUGUUUGCCGUUUUUUGUAAUGAGCGGAAGAAAAUCUUCAG